ACUGUAACAAACAGAAUAAAAACAAAGAAUUAGCUCUGCGAAUUUUUGUGAAUUGUUUAUAUUGAAAUUUAUAACACCUGUUGUGAUGUCACGUCGCAGCCAAGACAUACCGAUACGCCCACGUUACGGCUACAGCGAAGAGGCAGACGGUGAAGACGCCAGCACCAGCCAGAACAAGCAGCGCAACAACGCCUGCACUCCUGCUUCCUACUCAGAGAUUCCCUUCCUGGCCCAAUACGCAGGAGCAGUGCCCGAUCAUGUGCUGCAGGACCUCACGCCGACAGCUGGGAAAGUGCCCUCAGCAGGUAGCGAUAGCUACAUGAAUUUGGACUCGGGUGACGGCGAAAACGAGGAGGAGGAAGAAGACGAGGACGAGGAUCCGAGCAAUAGCAACUCGAAGGACUCGAAAGAUAGCUCCAAUGAGCUGAGCAAGCACAGCAGUCAACCGGCGACGCAGUCCAGCUUCCCUUAUGAGUUGGAAGGAGCAGUUGCCGCAAGCGCGGGUGCCAUGCACCAUUUUGUUGCCCACAACCUGGAGUCGAAGCUGCGCGCUGCCUCAGAGCAGAGCAACAACUCGGACUCGGUGCCCAUCUCCAGAUUUCUGCAGUCACGCAAUGUGCCCGAGGUUGAUGGAAAUGUACUCAGCGACAUUGAGCUGGAGGCGCAAUAUCUGGCCUCUUCUGUGGACAAUUUGAUCGAGAAUUUGGGCAAUCUGCUGCACUCCAUCAGCAGCAUUACUGCCGAAAAUGUGGAGGUACACAAGAAUGCCGUAAAGAAGCUAACGGAUGCCCUGGAUGCAAAUAUCAAAUGCCAGUAUCAGCUUCUGGCCAAGACGGAGGAGAUCACCAAGUCGAUGCGACCCACCGAGCAGCUCAGUGUCCGCAUUCGCGAGAUCAAGCGCCUUGUGGAUAUGCUGGAUAGCUCGAUGUAGGAGGAAAUCAGCGGCGGGAUUGGAGGCGUGGAACUCGCUGCUGCAUUUGAGCAGGAAUUGAAUACGCCCUGUGCUUUUCUUUAAGCCUUAACAUUCCAAUUUGUUACUAUACUAGUCAUUUUACUAUAAUCAAUUAGUUUAAAUC